AUGACGUCGAAACGAUUCUCCACAGGAAAGGAAGUCUGUGCCAACAAACACAAUUCAUUUGUCACGUGUGUUGUCUAUCACCCGUCUGAUGCCAACGUGUACCUAUCAGGAACAUCCAAUGAUGGAAUAUUUGCCUGGGAUAUCAGAACACAACAGGUUAGCUUUCUAAAAUGCCUUAGAGAAUAGAGCGGUAAAAGUUGUUUUCUAUUAGUUCACCAGCAUUAGUCCGUAUGUUGUCACCCGAUAUCGUUCACUUUCAUUAAGCAUGUCUUAGAUCUGAAAUAUUUUUACGGGAACUAACACUUUAGAACACGCUGAGUUCAAAUCCGAAAAGUUCCCACUCCGUAUAGACCCGCAGUUUCUUCACAAAAUGCUAUUUUAUCUUCACUAAUUCAUAGUGACUAAUUUCACAACAAGUUUUUUCAUUGUUCAACGAUACGGAUCGAUGACGUCAUGACGAUACACGAUUAUGUAACUCAAAAGGACCAAUUUCUAUUAACCAUUCUUCCUUUUGACAAAAGAUCGGUUUUCUCGAAUAAUUUUGAGUUAUGCAAUUGUAUGCGUGUUGGACAUAAACAGCAUAAUUAUCUUGUCUACAACUUUGAGAAGGUACAUAUAACGCUUUCUAAAAUCCUCAGUUCUAGAGAUACCUGUAUCUCUAUAAAAUCAUAAGGUCACUGGCCUGAAAAAUAACUCUUUUAACGCGAUCAAGGUAUUUAAAACAAAAGUAACGCGAAGCCAACGUAACGGCAAAGACAAUGCUAAAAUGAAAUAUUGUCGAAUGGUUGCAGGUAGAACACUUACGACAGGAUCAAUCUUAAAUAACCUUAAACUAUAAGAAUAAAUGUUCAUAUCAAAGACAAAGAUCAGUCCCAAAGUAUAAAACACGCUCUGUAACCUUACCACGAAGUGGAGAAAUGUGUGCACGAGCUGUUUAUUUGAUGAUUUCGACGUAUAUAGAAGCCCGUAUAAGGAAUUAUUUCUCAGCCCAGAGACAUAGCCCAAAGACUUGACAUUAACGUCCUUGUAAUUUUAUAGAGAUAGAUCCAGAACUAAGGAUAUUAGAAGGAAUUAUCUGUACCUUCUCAAAGUUGUAGACAAGAUAUGUUGUUUACGUCCAACACGCAUAAGAUUGCAUAACUCAAAAUGAUUCGAGCAAAACCGGUCUUUUGCUAAAAUGAAGAAUGGUUAAUAGAAAUUGGUCCUUUUGAGUGAGAUAAUCGUGUAUCGUCGUCGAUCCGUGUCGUUGAACAAUGAAAAAAUUUGCUGUGAAAUUAGUUAAGAUAAAAUAGCAUUUUGUGAAAAAACUGCGGCCGGUCUACGGAGUGGGAACUUUUCGGAUUUGAACUCAGCGUGUUCGAAAGUGUUAGAUCCCGUAAAAGUAUUUCAGAUCCAAGACAUGCUUAAUGAAAAUCGUUUUCUAGGCACUUUUCGAGGUCACAACACACGGACUACAUGUUAUAAGGACGAGAACGUACGAACAGCCUCGUUAAUAUCAUUAAUAUAAGUAAACGCAUGCUUUGAGGGAAAUUAGUGAUUAAAUGAUCCCGCAAACCGAAGGGAGGUUUAGUAAAAGACACGAGGGCGUAGCCCGAGGGACUUUUACUAGACCUCCCCUAUAGACUGACAAUAGUUUAAUUCCUGUGAAUUUCAAUUUUAGCAUGCAGGGUAUAGGCUAUCCCCAAAUUUCAUUUAUGAAUAACGAAAUCCUAAUAUUUGUGUUGUAUGAAAAGCGAGAGAAUGGCUUUUUUCAGUACCAUUGUAUAUGUACUGCAGGACAGUAAACUAUUAUAGUAAAGUUGCAUUAAUUUCAUAAGCUACAGCACUGUAGCUAUUAGCUAUUUUUUUUUAUGAAAAUGACACUGUACAACUUUAAUAGUUAUAAUGAUAUGAAAAUAGUAUAUUUGCAGGUACAAGUCGUUCUUUGGUCAAAUUCAAGACUUAGCGUUCUUACCUGAUGGACAGAGUUUUAUUUCUGCUGCGGAGAUAUCCAGGCGUAAUUCAACGGACAAAGGUAUCAUG